GUUGUCAGCACUGUUUUUUACGACGCCGAUUACAAACCGUGCAUUACGGCGCAGCAUAUUUGUUUACGUUUUGAUUAUUAAAUGUAAAUAAUAAAGUACGAUAGAAUAAAACAAUGACCAAAACAAGCCACAAAAAGAAUCGACCAUUUGAUUUUAAAUUGAUUUCAUUGGUUGAGCCUCACCCCGUGAUAUACAUGAGACAGAUACCUGGGAUGUCCUCCUUUGAGAUAAUGAAGACGAAAAACAAAGUCUGGCAAGAAAUUGCCAAUGAAAUGGGUUGUCAAGUUCAAUUUUGUUUAAGUCGAUGGAACAAUUUAAGAGGACAAUUUCAAAAAGAGCUUAAACAUUGUAAUGAGCUUUGCCCCAAAAGUGGUGUGAUUCGUGGUUCUACCUGGCCAUACUUGGAUAGAAUGCGGUUUCUGGAAUGCACCGUACAAGCCUACAAACCAAAGAAGGAAAGAGAAAGAAAACGCAAACCAAAGGAAAUUCCCGACCUGUUGCAAGAAACCAACAAUUUCUGGGAAUCCGAUGACUCCAAUUCGAAAAUGACUGAUGACAAUGAAGACAAUGAAGAAAACGAUAUGGGAAGCGACUUCCAUAUCGAACUGCAAACAACUGAACACGAGGAAACCCAUCAAUUGGAAGAACAAUUUUCUGAUUCUUUUUCGAUAAUUGAAGAAAUUGCCGAGGAGAUUGUGGGCACAGAGGAUACCAUUGUCGAAGAUACUACAGAUACUAUUAGACGAAUUGAAGCGCUUUACAUGGGAUUUGAUGGUGAACCAAGAGAACGCAUUGAAAGAAGGAUUUUAGCAUUUCUAUGUAAAUGCCAAUUACGAGCUUUAAACAAUCAAGGCAUAGAAGAUUUAUAUAUUUAGGAAGCAUUAGUAUUUAUAACGUAUUGAAUUAAUUUCUAAAAAUCACCUCAUCAUCAUAUACCUCGAGCCGUAAAACAAAAAUACGCAUGGUAUCAGAAUAACAACAACAGCAAGAGUUGUUUUACAACAAUUUAAAACAUCAAAAAUAUGAAAAUUUAUUGGUAGAAAGUAAAAAAACGUCGCCUAAGAAAUCAAAUCUUAAUGUAAAUAAAGAAAAACUAAGCAUUAAAAAGCGCACUUCCAAUAAAUAUCAUUAUCGUACUAGGCUUGCUUCCAAUGACUACAACAAUGUAAAAUAUAUUCCCUUAAUUAAGAAAUACAUUGUAUUUAGAUAAUUCAUUUUUUCACCGA